AUGGCAUCUAACAGUGAAACUGAUUCAGAUGUGACCGAAACUUUCACAAAUGUUGAAUCUGAUGAGUCGGAUAAUGAUUCAGUUAGUAACUCCUACAAAGGAUCGGGUAGCGGUGAAGAAGAAGAACAGGAUAAUGAAUCAGAUAAUGAAGAAGAACAGGAUAAUCACUCUGAUAGUGAAGAAGAACAGGAUAUGGCAGAAUCUUUGAACGAAAGACGACGGAGAUUGCGUCAUGAACUCGAUAUCGGAAUUAGUGGUUCGAUUGUUAUGACUUUAUUGCAGCCUUGCUUAGAUAAAGGUCAUCAUUUAUUCUUAGAUAGUUGGUUUACAAAUCCUUUACUUUUUGAAAAAUUAUAUGCGAGAUCGACUGGUGCCUGUGGAAUUGUAAGACAAGGUCGAGUAGGUUUGCCUAAAUUUGAAGAUAAAAUUGAGAAAGGACAACAAGUUUAUCAAAAUACAGACAAUAUGCUAGCCUUAAAAUGGCACGAUAAAAGAGAAGUUAUGAUGUUGUCCACUAUUCAUGAACCCCGAAUGGAAUUUACUGGAAAAAACUAUCCAAAAACUGAAGUACCAAUUCGAAAACCAGUUUCAAUAAUUGAUUAUAAUUCUAAAAUGGGAACAGUUGAUAAAGCUGAUAUGCAAAUUAGUUUUGUCGAAUGUGUAAGAAAGUCUGUAAAAUGGUAUAAAAAAUUAUUUUUUCAUCUACUUGAUAUAUCAGUCUUCAACUCAUAUUUACUUUACAAAAUGAAAACUAGAAAGAAACUUCAAUUUAUAGACUUUCGUUUACAACUUAUACGUGAAAUUCUACAAGUUUAUAGUACCCCAAAACCUACAACGGGUCGACAUAUGCUAGGUUCUAACCCAACUAGACUUACUGCUCGACACUUUCCUUCUCUUGUGCCUCAAACAACAGAUAGACAAAAUCCUCAGAAAAUUUGCGUAGUAUGCGCACACGCUAGUAGAAGACCUAAACAGAGAACAGAUUCACGGUACAUGUGUAAAGAUUGUAAUGUAGGUCUUUGUGUGAUUGGUUGCUUUGAGGAAUAUCAUACUUUAUUACAUUUUUAA